GAAAGGGUGGACUGGACCUGCAGGCGUCUCGACAGGCACUAAAGACCGUCUCAACCUUGAAAUACCAGCAACAGCUGCGGGGCAUGGAGCGCCUGUCCCAGAUGGCCGGAAGAAGAGCUUGGUGUUCCGAGGAUUCUGCACUUGGCCAGGAAGAAGAGGACAUGAGCAGGCCUUCUAAAACAGUGACAUUCAAGGAUGUGGCUGUGGACCUCACCCAGGAGGAAUGGCAGCAAAUGAAGCCUGCUCAGAGGGAUUUGUACCGAGAUGUGAUGCUGGAGACCUACAGCAACCUAGUGACCGUGGGUUGUCAUGUCACCAAACCAGAUGUGAUCUUCAAGUUGGAACAAGAAGAGGAGCCGUGGGUGCUGGAGGAGGAGAUGUUUUGGAGACGCUCUCCAGAAGCUGCAAGAGGAGGAAUGAAGAGUUUUCUCUCUAAGGACAUGGCCAAGGACCUGAAGUUCGAGGAUGUGGUCAUUUACUUCUCUCUGGAAGAGUGGGAGUGCUUGCACCAUUCCCACAGGAAUCUGUACCGAGCUGUGAUGUUGGAUAAUUACAGCAACCUGCUUUCACUGAGUCUUGCCAAUAGGAAGCCACGUGUGGUCUCCCUUCUAGAGCAGGGGAAGGAGCCCUGGAUGGUUAUGAGGAAUGGGACAAAAGUGUGGCGUGCUGAUUGGGAGUCUACGACAGAAACCAAGAACUUCCUUCCAAAGGACAGUUCCAAAAUUAAAACAUCACAACAAAAGAUGGCAAAAAAACGUACACGCCCCAGCCUUGAGGACAGCAGGGCCAGAGGUAACAGAGAGGUCACAUGCGAGUUGGAGAGUCAGCAGGUCCAUGAGGAGCGACACUUGAGACAAGCUGUGGUACCCUCUGUCGAGAGGCCUGGUUCCAUCCAGUGCACAGCCCAUAGGGAGGCUCACCCUGGAGGAAAACCCUGCAUGUGUGAGAAAUGUCAGAAAAUGCCCGUGCGCAAGGCACCUCCCAGUGAACGUGGGCAAAGUCACAGUAAGGAAAAGGGCAGUGAGUUCGCACAAAGUGGGAAGGUCUUUAGCUGCACGUCAGACAUGGCAGUGCACCAAAGACCUCAAGAAAGCCGAAAAGGCAGUGAGAAUAAGAAAAGCGCCCUCCCUUGUGGCUCUGACACCCCGAAACCUCCAAGUGCUCAGGGCAGUGAGAGGCCGCACAAGUGUAAGGAGUGUGGGAAGGCCUUCCAGACGCCCUCCCAGCUCAGUCACCAUCAAAAGCUGCAUGUAGGUGAGAAGCCCUUCAAGUGUGAGGAGUGUGGGAAGGCCUUCCCCUCGAACGCCCAGCUCAGCCUCCACCAGAGAGUUCACACCGACGAGAAGUGCUUUGAGUGCAAGGAGUGCGGGAAGGCCUUCAUGCGCCCCUCGCACCUGGUCCGGCACCAGCGCAUCCACACCGGGGAGAAGCCCCACAAGUGUAAGGAGUGUGGCAAGGCCUUCCGCUACGACACCCAGCUCAGCCUCCACCUGCUCACUCACGCUGGGGCCAGGCGCUUCGAGUGCAAGGACUGCGACAAGGUGUACAGCUGUGCCUCCCAGCUCGCCCUCCACCAGAUGACACACACCGGAGAGAAGCCCCACAAGUGUAGGGAGUGCGGGAAGGGCUUCAUCUCCGACUCACACCUUCUUCGCCAUCAGAGUGUUCACACUGGUGAGAAGCCCUACAAGUGUAAGGAAUGUGGCAAAGGCUUCCGUCGUGGUUCAGAGCUUGCCCGACAUCAGAGAGCCCACUCUGGUGAUAAACCCUACAAGUGCAAGGAGUGCGGGAAGUCCUUCACUUGUACCACCGAGCUCCUUAGACACCAGAAAGUCCACACUGGUGAUAGACCCCACAAGUGCAAGCAGUGCGGGAAGGCCUUCAUUCGCAGGUCAGAGCUAACCCAUCAUGAAAGAAGCCACAGUGGGGAGAAACCCUACGAGUGUAAGGAGUGUGGGAAGACCUUCGGCCGCGGCUCAGAGCUCAGUCGACACCAGAAAAUCCACACCGGGGAGAAGCCCUACAAGUGUAAGCAGUGUGGGAAGGCCUUCAUUCGGGGAUCUCACCUCACCCAGCAUCAGAGGACUCACACGGGACAGAGGAGUGAGUGAGCUGCCUUCGGAAAACCCAUACAGUUUAAAAACCCUGUGGUGGCU